AUGACACAUUUCAAGUUUUCACUCCCUCAAUUUUAUCUCAUAAUCAUUUUAGCCUCAUCAUUCCUUGCUUAUUGCAUUUAUGCACAAAACCUUCCACAAGACUAUCUCAUUGCCCAUAACGAAGCUCGUAAAGCAGUUAAUGUCGGAAACUUAACUUGGAACAACACCUUAGCAAUGCACGCAUUGAACUACUCUAAUCAACGCAUCGGUGAUUGCAACGCUGUGCAUUCCAGUGGGCCAUACGGAGAAAACAUAGUGUCGGACACCGGAGAUCUUACGGCUACAGACGCAGUGGAUGAGUGGCUCGAUCAAAAAAGUUACUAUGAUUAUAAUUCAAAUAAUUGUACUUCGGGGCAUCUUUGUAACGCAUACAUUCAAGUCGUUUGGCGAAAUACGACUAGUUUCGGAUGUGCUAAGGUAAAAUGUACUACUGGAGGAACUUUAGUUACUUGCAAUUAUGAUCCACCAGGCAAUGUUGCUGGCCAAAAACCUUACUAAGUUUAAGUAUAUAGUUUUUAUUUAAUCAGCCUUUAUUUAAGGUUAAAUACUUGAGUGGU